GUGAAAUACUUGAAAGUAUUUAAAUUUGGAUAUAUUUUGAGUAGUUGUAAUAAAAUAUGAGAUAGAGAAAAUGGCUAUCCUCUUCAACUGCCAAUCCUUCACAACCAAACCUCAAAUCCUGUCUUCAUCUGCUCUCCCAAAUGACGACUCUCCGAAUCCCAUUCUUAAGCCUAAUAAUAAUAAUAAUAAUAAUAAUAAUAAACUUCCGAAAACAAAUUACGUAAAACUUCAAUCCAAGCUGAAGCAGCCAAAGCAGCAGCAGCCGCCUUCUGUUUUGGAAAUCGAACGGGCAAUCGGUGCCGGCAUUUUUCGAGACCGGGACAAUUACGGUGAAGAGAAAGAAGAAACGAAGACGAGUUUGUUCGACAAUUUGCUGAGUAAUUCAGUUGGUAAAAGUGAAGGGUCUGUGGAGAAACAGUUGAGGGAAACUGGUGAAUGGCUUGUUUAUCAAACUGAGAAUACUACUCGCUCUGCUGGAAAGCAAAUUCUGGUGAGUAUGUUUGUGUGGGUUAUACCAAUGUGGAUAUUUUCGUUUCUCGUAGCAACUGGUGUAAUCCCUCUCCCGUUCGACGCUCCGUUUCUCAAGGAUCUAUUUUUAUGAAGAACAUGGUACAUAUAUGCAGAGAUGCAGUUUCAAUAAAUUUAAUUUCCAACCUCACACUUGUUUGUUUUUAUGUUACUUAUAAGAAUUGCUAUUCUUACCUUUCAGUCUUUCUAGCAUAAUUUCCAUGACUUAGCGCUAUUUUACGGUCCACCGAUAAUGGCAGAAAUCGGAUGAAUUUAGUUGAAAUUAGCAUUUUCCAAAAACAAAA